AGCCUUUUUUUGAUAUAAUCAUCUCUGAAUACUUUAUAAAAUGAAAAUAAAAUAAAAGGGAAUGGGAAUGGAGUGAAAUAAUAGAAACAGAUACUGUGGAUCUGUCGGUCAGUGUCGGUGUGGGACUUAAAGCUUUUAUAGUCUAGUAGGCUUCAUUUUUGUGUGGCAUCAUCGGGACUCCAUUGGUUCAUCAAUGGAGGGUUGCCUUUAAAAAUAGCUGCUUUAAAGAUUUUGUGAACUGGGGAUUGAGCAUUUUGCUUGAUUGCUUGAAGGGGCAGUAAUGGAUUUAGAAGGAGAUGCUACUGGGCCAAAAAAAAUCCAGGUGUGCCAGAUCUGCAGUGAUGAUAUUGGCAAGACUGUAGAUGGAGAGCCCUUUGUUGCUUGCCAUGUAUGUUCAUUUCCAGUUUGCCGUCCAUGUUAUGAGUAUGAGAGGAAGGAUGGUAGCCAGUCUUGUCCUCAAUGCAAGACCAAAUACAAGAGGCAUAAAGGAAGCCCUCCAAUUCAAGGUGAAGAAGUGGAAGAUGCUAAUUCUGAUGAUGUAGAAAACAAGUCAAAUCAUCAUACAUCAGGUGUUCAAGAUGAGAAACAAAAGAUAGAGCGUAUGAUGGCUUGGGAUUCGGGUUCUGGUCGAAAAGAGCAUCUUGCAACUACAAACUAUGAUAGAGAUCUUUCUCUUAACCAUAUUCCUUAUCUAGCUGGUAGACGCUCGGUUUCUGGGGAUCUUUCAGCUGCAUCUCCUGAACGUUACUCAUUGGCUUCUCCUGAAAGUGGCAUCAGAGGUAUGGAUGUAUAUCUGCUAAAAUAAAUAUCGUUGAGUUCAGAUUUUAAUGUCAGUAUUGGACUUUCUGCAGCUACUAUGAGGGAUCCAACAAGGGAUUCUGGAUCACUGGGGUUUGGCAAUGUAGCCUGGAGAGAGAGGAUUGAUGGUUGGAAGAUGAAGCCUGAGAAGAAUACUGCUCCAAUGAGUGUUAGUAAUGCACCAUCUGAAGGCAGGGGUGGCGGCGAUUUUGAUGCCAGCACUGAUGUGCUCAUGGAUGAUUCUUUACUAAAUGAUGAAGCCCGCCAGCCCCUCUCAAGGAAGGUUUCAAUUCCUUCCUCUAGGAUUAACCCUUACAGGAUGGUCAUAGUUUUGCGGCUUGCUGUCCUUUGCAUUUUCUUACACUACCGUCUAACAAAUCCAGUGAGGGAUGCUUAUGCUUUGUGGUUAAUAUCUGUUAUCUGUGAGAUAUGGUUUGCAAUAUCAUGGAUAUUGGAUCAGUUCCCUAAAUGGCUUCCAGUGAAUCGUGAGACAUAUCUUGACAGGCUAUCUCUCAGAUAUGAGAAAGAAGGAGAGCCGUCUCAAUUGGCUGCUGUUGACAUUUUUGUCAGUACAGUCGACCCUUUAAAGGAACCUCCACUGGUCACAGCCAAUACCGUACUGUCUAUUCUUGCAGUAGAUUACCCAGUCGACAAAGUCUCUUGCUAUGUUUCAGAUGAUGGAGCUGCUAUGUUGACAUUUGAAGCCAUAUCUGAAACGUCUGAAUUUGCUAGAAAAUGGGUUCCUUUCUGCAAGAAAUAUGAUAUUGAGCCGCGAGCUCCAGAAUGGUACUUCGCUCAAAAGAUUGACUACUUAAAAGACAAGGUUCAUCCGGCAUUUGUUAAAGAACGCAGAGCUAUGAAGAGAGAAUAUGAAGAGUUUAAAGUUCGUGUCAAUGGGCUUGUUGCAAAGGCACAAAAGGUUCCUGAUGAAGGAUGGGUCAUGCAAGACGGUACGCCUUGGCCUGGAAAUAAUACCAGAGAUCAUCCAGGAAUGAUCCAGGUUUUCUUGGGCCAUAGUGGAGGUCUUGAUACUGAGGGUAAUGAACUUCCAAGACUGGUGUAUGUGUCUCGUGAGAAGCGUCCUGGUUUUCAGCAUCAUAAGAAAGCUGGUGCUAUGAAUGCACUUGUUCGUGUUUCAGCAGUUCUCACCAAUGGGCCCUUCUUGUUAAAUCUUGAUUGUGAUCAUUACAUAAACAACAGUAGGGCAUUGAGAGAAGCUAUGUGUUUUCUAAUGGAUCCUAAUCUUGGAAGAACAGUGUGUUAUGUCCAGUUUCCCCAGAGAUUUGAUGGGAUUGAUAGAAAUGAUCGAUAUGCCAACCGUAACACUGUUUUCUUUGAUAUAAAUUUAAGAGGAUUGGAUGGAAUCCAAGGCCCUGUAUACGUGGGUACAGGGUGUGUUUUCAAUAGAACAGCCUUGUAUGGCUAUGAGCCUCCUCUCAAGCCUAAGCAUAAGAAACCAGGAUUUCUGUCUUCAUGCUUUGGUGGAUCCCGGAAGAAGAGUUCAAGAUCAAGUAGAAAGGAAAGCAAGAAAAAAUCGAGCAAGCAUGAUGACCCUACUUUGCCCGUAUUCAAUUUAGAAGAUAUAGAAGAAGGGGUUGAAGGUACUGGAUUCGAUGACGAAAAGUCAUUGCUCAUGUCUCAAAUGACACUUGAGAAAAGAUUUGGUCAAUCAUCCGUGUUUGUUGCUUCCACCCUUAUGGAGAACGGCGGUGUUCCUGGAUCUGCCACCCCAGAGUCUCUUCUAAAAGAAGCUAUUCAUGUCAUCAGCUGUGGAUAUGAAGACAAGACAGACUGGGGAAGUGAAAUAGGAUGGAUUUAUGGUUCAGUUACAGAAGAUAUCCUUACAGGAUUCAAGAUGCAUGCUCGUGGUUGGAGAUCAAUCUAUUGCAUGCCAAAGCGUCCUGCCUUUAAAGGAUCUGCUCCUAUUAAUCUUUCUGAUCGUCUAAAUCAAGUGCUUCGGUGGGCUUUAGGUUCAGUUGAAAUUCUUCUCAGUCGUCACUGCCCUAUAUGGUAUGGCUAUAGUGGAAGGCUAAAAUGGCUCGAGAGAUUUGCAUAUAUCAAUACCACGAUUUAUCCAAUCACCGCUAUUCCUCUUCUUGCCUAUUGUACAUUGCCAGCCGUGUGCCUUCUUACUGGAAAGUUCAUUAUUCCACAGAUUAGUAACAUCGCCAGUAUCUGGUUCAUAUCCCUCUUUCUAUCAAUCUUUGCAACUGGUAUUUUGGAAAUGAGAUGGAGUGGUGUUGGGAUUGAUGAAUGGUGGAGAAAUGAGCAGUUCUGGGUUAUUGGAGGUGUGUCAGCUCAUCUAUUUGCUGUCUUCCAAGGCCUGCUGAAAGUCCUUGCUGGAAUAGAUACCAAUUUUACUGUCACUUCAAAAGCAUCCGAUGAAGAUGGUGAUUUUACCGAGCUAUAUAUGUUCAAGUGGACAACUUUACUUAUCCCACCAACUACUCUCCUCAUAAUCAAUCUAGUUGGAGUGGUUGCUGGAGUCUCCUACGCCAUAAACAGUGGUUAUCAAUCUUGGGGUCCCCUCUUUGGCAAGCUUUUCUUUGCUUUCUGGGUGAUCAUUCAUCUUUACCCUUUCCUCAAGGGUCUGAUGGGACGCCAGAACCGAACACCUACUAUCAUUGUUGUCUGGUCAGUUCUCCUUGCCUCUAUUUUCUCCUUGCUAUGGGUACGUGUGGAUCCUUUUACAACAAGGGUGACUGGGCCGGACGUUGAGCAGUGCGGCAUCAACUGCUAGAGGAACAUGUAGAUUGAAUAUAGAACAAAAUCAUAACCAGGGGGAUAAGAUUUUUUAAGAUUUAUCAAGAUAUCCUCAAUCAGAAAAUCUUGAAAGGUGUUUGCCUUCUGCUUGGUGUAGUGUUCUGUUCUGGUCUGAAUAGUCUCACCAGAAAAUAAUUAUAGGUUCAUUUCUAUGUUAUUCUUUACAUUUUUUGACAAGUUUAUUAGUCUCCUGAGUUGAUUCACCUCAUAAGUUAGUGGCCCCAAUCCCAAAGAGGUCGGCUGUUGGAGAUGAUACUGUUCAUCUCUUCCCUGACGUUUAUAUGUUGUAAGAAAUGAGAAAUGUUGUCUGAAAUGAGAAUAUUAUUCUUUAGCUGCUACUUCCUGCCCUUUAUGGAUAGCUUGAACAUGGUAUUGG